CCGCCACGACAAAGCGUGGGUCAGUAGGUGGGAGGGGUCUGGUCUGAGUGGCCGCACGCUCGAGGUCGCAGCAAAAAGGCUGGCCGAGUGACUCGAGUGGUAGAGCCGAAGCGCCGCACGGCGCGGGGCUUUUGUGUGGCGCGGGUUUUCUAGCCCAGCAACCGUGCUGAUUGGCAGCGAGACGCUCUGAGGUGCUCAAGUAAGGGGACGUCCUCUUCGUCAGAUCCCGCAGCCGGGGACCGCGGGGAUCUUCCCCGAGACUGUUCGGCAAGUUCCAGCGAACUGGGGCGUGGCGCCAAGACUUUCAAAAAACCCGCACAAGCCAAGAGCAGAAUGUGUCGUUUGCUUCUAGCGCGCAAGCGGAGUCGCGCCCGCCUUCCUCUGCCCGGGCGCAGCUACCGCUUUCGUCUCUAGCGCCCUCCCGGGCCCCGGGAGAACAAUGCCGGUCCUCUCCGCGCGCAGGAAGAGGCUGGCGAGCACGGCCGGGCCGCGGCGGCGGAGUGGACCCAGCCUGGCAGUCCGGUGGGUUCCUCCUUUCGGUCCAGAGCCGGACUCCGUUCGCAGCCGCGCACCGAUGCGGCCCUGGGGGCCUACGUGCACUACCGCACGACGAGGGGCGAGCCGCGGUCCGAGGCUGCUCCCGGGACCUCCGGGAAGACACCUCCACCGCUGCGGUCCCGACCCUAGAGGGGCAGGCCGAUCCUCCAGAGCCUGCGAGUUGGGGGCUAGAGCGGCCAGGCCUCUGGGCCGGGUCGAGCCCGGGCCGCCGACGGCUGCGUCACGCGAGGGGGCGGUGCUGCCACGGGCGGAGGCCGGAGCCGGAAGCGGAAGAGGCGCUCGGAGUGGGGAGUGGGGCCUAGCCGCAGCCGGAGCCUGGGAGACGAUGCAUCACUGUAAGCGAUACCGUUCCCCAGAGCCAGACCCAUACCUGAGCUACCGCUGGAAGAGGAGGCGGUCUUACAGUCGGGAGCAUGAAGGUAGACUACGAUACCCAUCCCGAAGGGAGCCUCCCCCAAGGAGAUCACGGUCCAGAAGCCAUGACCGCCUACCCUACCAGCGGAGAUACCGCGAGCACCGUGACAGCGAUACAUACCGGUGUGAGGAGCGGAGCCCAUCCUUUGGAGAGGACUGCUAUGGGUCUUCACGUUCUCGACAUCGAAGACGGUCACGAGAGAGGGGGCCAUACCGUACCCGCAAGCAUGCCCACCACUGUCACAAACGUCGUACCAGGUCUUGUAGCAGCGCCUCCUCGAGAAGCCAACAGAGCAGUAAGCGCAGCAGCCGGAGUGUGGAAGAUGACAAGGAGGGUCACCUGGUGUGCCGGAUCGGCGAUUGGCUCCAAGAGCGAUAUGAGAUCGUGGGGAACCUGGGUGAAGGAACCUUUGGCAAGGUGGUGGAGUGCUUGGACCAUGCCAGAGGGAAGUCACAGGUUGCCCUGAAGAUCAUCCGUAAUGUGGGCAAGUACCGGGAGGCUGCUCGUCUAGAAAUUAAUGUUCUCAAGAAAAUCAAGGAGAAGGACAAAGAGAAUAAGUUCCUGUGUGUCCUGAUGUCUGACUGGUUCAACUUCCAUGGUCAUAUGUGCAUCGCCUUUGAGCUCCUGGGCAAGAACACCUUUGAGUUCCUGAAGGAGAACAACUUCCAGCCUUACCCCCUACCACAUGUCCGGCACAUGGCCUACCAGCUCUGCCAUGCCCUUAGAUUUCUACAUGAGAACCAGCUGACCCACACAGACUUGAAGCCAGAGAACAUCUUGUUUGUGAAUUCUGAGUUUGAAACCCUCUACAAUGAGCACAAGAGCUGCGAGGAGAAGUCAGUGAAGAACACCAGCAUCCGAGUGGCAGACUUUGGCAGUGCCACAUUUGACCACGAACAUCACACCACCAUUGUGGCUACCCGUCACUAUCGCCCACCUGAGGUGAUCCUUGAGCUGGGCUGGGCACAGCCCUGUGAUGUCUGGAGUAUUGGCUGUAUUCUUUUCGAGUACUACCGUGGCUUUACCCUCUUCCAGACUCAUGAAAACAGAGAACACUUGGUUAUGAUGGAGAGAAUCCUAGGGCCCAUCCCAUCACACAUGAUCCACCGUACCAGGUAA